CCAAAUCAUGCCAAGAUCGCAGUGCGUGUGGUGGCUGGCGACGGCGCUGGUCGCAUCCGUGGCGGCGCAGGUCGACCUUGUCUUCCCGACGCACGACGCCGUAAGCGCCAUGCAAAGCCUCGUGGCGCGGCGCCUCGGCCUUCCCUACGUCUCGCAGGUACACGGCCGUCUCGUCGCCUUCCGCUGCUCAUGUGUGUCGCUAGCUCGCGUUCGAGGUUGUGCCCGUGGGCGACAAUGGCUUAGACGUGGCAGCGAUCGAUAUGCAAGCCGGGCGCAUCCAUAUCUCGGGCUCGAGCGCCACCGCGAUGGGCUACGCUCUCCAUUCAUACUUGAAAGACGUCGUCCACACGCAGGUCAACUGGGACAACCACGCGCUGCGGCUGCCGCCCGUGCUGCCGCCUGUGCCAUCGCGCUCGACGCUGGCCAAGGCGUCCAAGGUCACGUACUACCUCAACAUUUGCACGCACUCGUACUCGAUGUGGGCGUGGGACUGGAUCCAGUGGGAGACGCACGUCGACUGGAUGGUCCUCAACGGCAUCAAUAUGCCGCUCGCGAUCACGGGCCAAGAAAAGACGUGGCAAGAGACGUUCAAGCAGUUCAACGUCUCGUCGACCGGCCUGCAGCGGUUCCUCGGUGGCGCUGCCUACCUCGCGUGGGAGCGCAUGGGCAACAUUCGCGGCGAUUGGAGCCCGCUCGGGCGCCUGCCGCAGCACUUUAUCGAGGCCCAGCAUGCGCUGCAGCUGAAGCUUCUCAGCCGGUACCGCGAGUUUGGCAUGCUGCCAGCGCUGCCAGCAUUUGCUGGCCAUGUCCCGGACGAGAUGCGCACGUUGUAUCCGUCGGCGAGCAUGCGACGAUCGGACCAGUGGGCCGGCUUUGACCGCAACUACACGUGCGUCUACAUGCUCGACCCGACCGACCUGCUCUACCGCGCCGUCGGCAAGGCCUUUCUGACGACGCAGCAAGCGCUCUACGGCAGCUACACCUCGUCGCUGUAUUCCGCAGAUACGUACAACGAGCUCGUGCCGCACACGUCGGACCAUGCGUAUCUCCGCGCGUCGUCCAGCGCAGUUAUCGAGUCGAUGUUGGCGGCUGACCCGAACGCUAUCUGGCUCAUGCAAGCGUGGCUCUUCAUCUCGAUGCGCGAGUAUUGGACGCAAGACAAGGUGCAGGCGUACCUCGAUGGUGUCCCGAAUGACCGGAUGCUCGUGCUCGAUCUCUACAGCGAGGAAGCCCCGUUUUAUGCGCCGACCCACAACUACUAUGGCAAGGACUGGGUCUUCUGCGUCUUGCACACGUUUGGCGGCAACCUCGGGCUGCACGGCAACCUCGGGCAUCUCGCGUCGGCGCCAAUCGCAGCAAAAGCGCAGAGCCACGGCACCAUGGUCGGGCUCGGGCUCACGAUGGAAGGCAUUUUCCAAAACUACGUCGUGUACGACCUCGGCCUCGACAUGAACUGGCAGGCGACGCCCCGGAACGUGUCAAGCUACGUGACGCGGUACGUGCGUAGCCGGUACCACAUAUCCUCGCCGCACGCCCAAGAUGCCUGGGCGGCGUUGACGACCGCAGUCUACAGCGGCCACGACAAGCGCAACAGCCUCAUGACGUUCCGGCCACACCUGCACAUGCUUUCAUCCCGCCCGCUGCACAGUGCAAACGCGCUGGGCGAGCCGGCGCCGUCGGUGCGCGAGGCGUGGCGCCACCUGCUCGACGCCGCGAUCGCCAAGCCCGUGCUCACGACCACCGAUGCGUUUACCCACGACCUUGUCGAUGUGGCGCGGCAAGGCUUGAGCGACCGGAUGAACGUGUACUACAAGAAGUUUCUCGAGUUGUACCAAGCAUCGACGACGACGACGGUGUCGAUGCUGCAAGCCCAGGCUGAUGCGAUAGUGACAUUGAUGCGGGACUGCGACCGGGUGCUGGCGACGCACCCGGACUUUCUGCUCGGUCGCUGGAUCGCAGAUGCCAAGCGCCUCCAGGCAUCGGGCGACGCGCCGUACUUUGAGUUUGAAGCGCGUGUGCAAAUCACCAAGUGGAGCCUCAACGACAUUCUCAACGACUAUGCCCGCAAAGAGUGGGCCGGCGUCGUUCGCGACUACUACGUGGGGCGAUGGCAGCUCUGGCUGCAAGCUGUCGUCGACGCGUUUGCAGCCAAACGACCGGUCGACGAAGCUGCGACCGACGACGUCCUGCGUGGCUUUGAGCGCAAGUGGCUGUACGACACAAAAGUUUACCCGACACAUGGCGUGGGUGAUGCGGUCGCGGUCGCCACCGAGCUCUGGACCAAGUACUACGCCGUGGAGGACGCCCUCGCAACGACCAAGACGACUGUGUGGUCGGACGACCCAGCGGCGGACCCGUGGCUUGCGCUGACGGACAUGUAGGCUGUUGUGGACAGCUCCGUACUCUGAUCGUAGCAGAUGCUAUGGUGCAGGCGCGUACUAGUAUCGAAAAACAGCUAACAAUUUUUUCCUAUUAAUGGUUAAUGGUACUUAUGCAAUACGCCCA